AUAGGUGCGCUUGAACAUUGCACUAUAUUACCUGGCGCAUUAAGGAUCGCAAGUGGUCAGUGGAGUCUCGCAUUAGCCCCGCCCUCAGGUGAAGCGAGGUUAUAUUAGGGCGUUCUCCUGCGUUGAACAAGGGAUUUCUAUUGUGUGGAGCCAAAUAUCCAGAAAUCAAGACUUUAAUGGGGCCUGACCACCAACUGAAAUGGAUAGUUCUAGGAAUGGUGUUUGCUCAGCUUGUUGCCUGUCACCUUGUAAGAGAUCUGCCAUGGAAAUGGGUGCUGUUUUGGGCCUACGCCUUUGGAGGUUGUGUGAACCAUUCGUUAACACUGGCAAUUCAUGAUAUUUCCCACAAUGUUGCCUUUGGUAAUCGGCAGGCAAAAUGGAAUAGGUGGUUUGCAGUGCUUGCUAACUUGCCCAUUGGGAUGCCUUAUUCUGCUUCCUUCAAAAAAUACCACAUUGAUCACCAUCGCUACUUGGGAGGGGAUGUCUUGGAUGUGGAUAUACCAACAGACUUUGAAGGCUGGUUCUUCUGUACUCCAUUUCGCAAAUUCCUUUGGCUGGUCCUUCAGCCUCUCUUCUACACCUUGAGACCGUUGUAUGUGAACCCAAAGCCUAUCUCCUGGAUGGAAGUAUGCAAUGCCGCAGUUCAGUUUUCAGCAGAUUUUGCUCUCUAUUAUACAUGGGGCCUUAAGCCAAUUGUUUACUUGUUAUCUGGCUCUGUUUUCUGCUUGGGGUUCCAUCCUAUAGCUGGACAUUUUAUUGCAGAGCAUUACAUGUUUUCCAAAGGCUAUGAAACAUACUCUUACUAUGGACCUCUGAAUUUCCUUACCUUUAAUGUAGGCUACCACACGGAGCACCAUGAUUUUCCCAGCAUCCCUGGAAGCAAACUGCCUAUGGUAACCCAGAUAGCAUCAGAGUAUUAUGACAGACUUCCUCAGCACCAGUCCUGGACGCAUGUUCUUUGGGACUUCAUUUUUGAGAAGGAACUUGGACCUUAUUCAAGAAUUAAAAGAAAAUGUUUACUUGUGAACAGAAGCUAAAAAUCAAAUGGAAUCUUUGAAAUAUUUUACGGGCAUAUUAUAUUAAAGUCCUUACAAACACAAUUCUGUUUUGUUUUGCAAACUGAUCCUGCCGAGAAGAUUGAAUAAAUUAAAUAACUAAUGAUAUGUGUUGAUACAACUAAAAUAUGUAUUGAUUUUAGGGUUCAUGAGCUGCAGUUGUGUGGGUGAGCUUCUUUUUCGAAAUGAGGAAUGCCUGUAAAGUUUUUUGACACAUCUCAUCAAUUUAAAUGCUGGAGGCUUGUUUUUGUGGGAGUUUUUUUUUUUUUUUUUGAGCUUGGUAGCAUAAAAUGUCUGGCAGCUCCUACACAUCUCUGUUUACGGAAUGGACAAUAAUCAAAAUACAGGAGAAAAUUUGUCCUUAUUAUCAGAGUUUUUCUGUCUUCAAUUGUUUUCUAAUGCUUAACCCUGAUUUUAUAUACCCCAAGUUUAUGCUUUCCCAGAUUAUUUGCAGUUUAUGUUGCUUGGUCACUUGAGAAACUGUAUACACGGCAGAGUAUACAAGCAUAGCUUUCUGAAUGCACAGAAUAUUCAUUUUCUGUAUGUGUGUCCAUUUACAGAAGGGGAGCUGCUCUUUUUUUGGGCUUUUUAGGGUCUUCCCAGUCCUACUCCGUUCUGUUGAACUUUGUGGUGUAUGAUCUGAGUUUCAGUCCUACAUAGGUUUUAUUUACCUGUUUCAACUUGACCCGUGUUUCUAGCAGCUUGACACCUGCGAUAAAUGUUUGCUCAAUCUUGAAAACUCACAUGCCCCUGAUCUGGCAUAAGAAGCAAAAAGCAUCACUUAUAAUAUUACAAGUUAGGUUUUACCGUGAAAAGGUUAUUAAAAGCACCUCAUUUAAUGGGUACCUACUCUUAUGCUGAACAUUAUAUUAAACAAGUGAUAUACGAGAUCUCCUCUCAUAUAAAGAAUACUACAGAUAAACUGAUCUUUCCAUUGAUAUGAUAUUUCUGUGUCUCGAGGGAACAUGCCCAUCAAGACAUGAAUUAUUGUCAUGGUGUUUAUAAUAAAGGCCAAAUACUGCAUUAAACACUAAUGCAUUUGCAA